UAAACAGAGCGUCACGUGUCUGUGCCCCGUCACGAGUCAGCUGACCUGAAGCGGAACCAAUCAGAUCGGGGCUUUGAGGAAGACGAGCCGACGCACGCGGCGAGGGGCUGAAGUUUAGUUGUCGUUCAGUCGAUAUACACACAUGAAUACCGAGGUGUCGGUUCUGUACUUUGCAAGAAGUGCCGAAAUCACGGGACUUAAAGCAGAAAGCAUCUCCGUGCCGUCAAACAUCUCCUCUCUCCAGCUGUGGCAGGAUCUGGAGACGAGACAUCCGAGACUCUCUGUGUUACGGGAUCAGGUGGUUCUGGCCGUGCGUCAGGAGUACGUGUCUCUGGGAGAGCAGCCCUUGACGCUCAGAGACGGGGACGAGGUGGCCGUUAUACCGCCCCUCAGUGGAGGAUAGACACAGCACC